UAUCCAUCAUCAAGUGGAGGGGUCCUAAGAGCAAUGAGCUGUCAUCUAAGUUUUGGAAACAGGUGGUCUACGAUAUGCCUGCUAAACGCAGAGAGACGUUGUCCAGACGCCAGGUGAUGGACUCCGGCGAACAGGGUCUCUUUGGUGACCUGCAGACCACAGUAUCCAGCAUUGCCAUGACAACCACCUCCGCCUCCUUGGCGCCCCAAAAUGACAGUCGCCAUGGACAUCAUCAGGUUGCCUUGGGGACGGACAUCCCGGACUAUAAUCACAUGACGUUGCCGCUGGGAGGUGGUCACACUGCCACAGCAGCCCAAAUGAGACACUUCUGCCGCAGCUAUGAGUUCCAGCUUCCCCCACAGCCCCCAUCCAUGUCGCCUCCCCUCCCACCUCCCUCCACCGUGCAGUUCUCCACCCUGGGCCCCGGGGGGCGCCACGUCUAUUGCAACAUCCCUAUGACACUGCUGAAUGGACAGGGGUUCAAAGCUGUUCACUGGGGAACAAGAGGGGCAUCAGAGCAGCACGCUUGGGAAGAAACCAGAACUCCACAUGAACAGCACCUUUGUACCUCUCACCAGCAGAGAACUAAGCUCUGACAUUUGGUAGAGGAACUGCUCAACUGGUAGGCCUACCGGAUUACAGACCGGUUUACAGACUGUUUUAAGACUGGAUUUGGUAAAGGUUUAGACUGGUUCCUUAUUGGGUGUUUGGACUGUGUACAGCCUUGUUUAUAAGGAGGGACUGCUUAGGGAAUGCCUGCAGACUAGUUUUGAGAAACUUUAUCCCACACCAUGAAGAAAGGACUGCCUGAAGACUGCAUAAGCCUUGGAGUCUCAAUAGUUGGAUUAAAUGGCUGCAGACUUCUCACAGACAAGCAGAUUCAUCUUUUAAAACUGAUUGUACACUGGUUCUGGACAACUGGGUACGGACUGAUACAAUGACUGGUUAUACACUUUGGACCUGUGCAGAGAUUUUCUAGACCGUUACGGACAUGUGGAUGUACAAAUGAAAAAUGUCCAGGAUACUCGAACAAUGGUAUCGACAAACAGGAGUGCUCCUACCAAGUUGGACUUUGGAGCACAAAAAAAAACAUCUCAAAUUACCAUCUGCUCACGGACCAGCUGUUGAUUAAUCAACUGCUUAAGUUCUCGUAGAUGCCGCUCAAUGUAGCGCAAUCUCGGAAUGCCGAUGGAUCUCUCAGUGGAGCUUGCAGUAAAUCCAUCUACUUGUUGGCUAGUUGGCAUGUCAGUAUACAAGGCAACAUUCAAGCAAUGAUUUUGGAAUACCAGUCCACCUUAAAACAACAAGUCAACCUCUUGAAAAGCUAUUCCUAGCUAGCUAGCUACCUGGUUUGUUUUCCUGGAAGCUAAAAUGGUUGACUUAAAAUAAAUGGAUUCCAGCAGGAAUAUCAAGAUAAGAAGCGAUCCGUGGAGCAAUUGCUGAACUGUAUAACUGAGAAAGCACACUUAGCAGGUGUAUAUGGAAAAAUAACUAGUUGCCUCUGAAAGGCUAGUUAGCUCUCGAGCUAAAAGCACCAGGAGACUGCUAACACGCCAGCUCACCUUGUAACACAGCAAUCAGCAAGUAGUCAACUCAUCAAGAGGUGAGCUGGCCAAGAGGUAACCUUUAACCACCAAGCUAAAAGCAAAAAGGACUUGGCUUUUUCUAUUUGCAUGACCAUCCAUUUAGAUAAAAAAAAUAAUCAAAUAAAUAUAGAUAAGAGUAAACGACACAAUCAUUUCUCGCAGCCUCUUUUAAUAAGGGGAAGGAUAAAUGUAUUUUGUUGAUACAGUAUUGUUUUCUGUCCGGCCAUGAAGUAAAGAUAGAAACUGAUAAAGGGAAAAAAGGAGGUGUCCCUCCAAAAGCAUUUUUUUAGUUUUAGGAUUUUAUGUAUUUAGACGGUUGGUCACUAUUUCAACCAGUCUUUGUUUUUAAAUGUUUGUUACAAUAAUCUCUGUACAGCUUCCAUAACUUAUGCAUAGACAUAUACAUGACAGUGAUUUGUUCCCUACAAUUUAUGUUAACUCCCACAGUGUGUGAGACCCAGAGCCUUUUAUUGCUUUCAUUCUGUUCCUCUUUUCAUCCAUGGAUGGAUGGAUGGAUGGAUGGAUGGAUGGAUGGAUGGUGAGUGAGUGGGUGGAUGG